AUCCUCAUUGGUGGCCAUGGAGAUGGAACCCCAGCCCCGGAAGAAUGAGAACGAGGAAGCAAGGAGGCUCACGCCUUGAGUCCCAGGUGGUUCGGCUGGGGCGCCACUUCCCUAGGAUGUCUCCCAGGGCCUGGGGGCUCCAAGCGGUCAAAGGUGCACCCCAGGAUCUCCAUUCAGCUUGUCACCCCCUCAUCCUACUCGGAGAGCCCAGAAUGGGAAAGCGAGGAAAAAUGCAGGGCAACAGGGGCCCAGAGGGGUCGGCACGGGAAAGCUGAGAUGAGGAAGUUGAGGCUCAGAGAAGGAGAGUGAUACACUCACGUCCUGUGAUUGGAGUGCGGGACCCGGGUGGCCCAUGCCGUGAGCCCCGGAGGUGCCGCCACCAGCAUGCCGUGGGACGCGCGGCGGCCCGGGGGCAGCGCGGACGGCGGGCCCGAGGGCGCGGGCGCGGCGCGCUCCCGAGCGCAGAAGCAGUGCCGCAAGUCGUCGUUCGCCUUCUACCAGGCGGUUCGCGACCUGCUGCCCGUGUGGUUCCUGGAGGACAUGCGCGCCAGCGAGGCCUUCCACUGGGACGAGCGCGGCCGCGCCGCCGCCUACUCGCCGUCCGAGGCGCUGCUCUACGCGCUGGUGCACGACCACCGGGCCUACGCGCACUACCUGCUGGCCACGUUCCCGCGCCGCGCGCUCGCGCCGCCCAGCGCCGGCUUCCGCUGCUGCGCGGCUCCCGGGCCGCACGUGGCGCUGGCCGUGCGCUACAACCGCGUGGGCAUCCUGCGCCGCAUCCUGCGCACCGUGCGCGACUUCCCGCCCGACGAGCGCGCGCGCCUGCUCGACCGGCGCGGCUGCACCCGCGUGGAGGGCGGCGGCACGGCGCUGCACGUGGCCUGCGAGCUGGCGCGCCCCGAGUGCCUCUUCCUGCUGCUCGGCCACGGCGCGUCCCCGGGCCUGCGCGACGGCGGCGGCCUGACGCCCCUGGAGCUGCUGCUGCGCCACCUGGGCCGCGACGCCGGAGCCGCCAGCGCCGCCGGCACCCCCGGCACCGCAGGGACGCCCGCCGCGCCCGGGGAGCCCCGCCAGCGCCGCCUGCUGCUGCUCGACCUGCUGGCGCUGUACGCGCCCGCCGCCCACGCCGCCGCCGGCCCCGCCCGCCGAGAGCUGCUGGGCGACCGGCCGCGCUGGCAGCGGCUGCUGGGCGAGGACAAGUUCCAGUGGCUGGCGGGCCUGGCGCCGCCCUCGCUCUUCGUGCGCGCCAUGCAGGUGCUGGUCACCGCCAUCUCGCCGGGUCGCUUCCCCGAGGCCCUGGACGAGCUGCCGCUGCCGCCCUUCCUGCAGCCGCUGGACCUCACGGGCAAGGGCUAGACCUCGGGCGCUCCCCGGGCGGUGGAUUUUUGGAAAAUACUAUUUUUCAGAGCGUUGUACCCAGCACUUUACAUAUAUUGAUCUCUGUACAGGAGAAACUCUGCUUCGUGUGUUGCGGGCAUCGCGCGGGCCGGGUCGGGCAGGCGGGCCCCGCUGCAGCUUUCCUGGGGGGCCGGCUGAGCUCAGCUCCCCGCGUCUUUCCCCUCUUGGCGAGGGCUUGGAGGUCAUGCGACCCCCCCAGAGCCAGGCCUCAGCUCACUGCGCAGCCACCGAGGUCGGGGAGGACCAGCUUCCCAUCUUGAUCUAGAGCCUCCAGGACUAUGUGUCCCAGAGGGAGUGACAGCUGAGCAGAGGAGUGGGGCAGGGGUGGGGGGUGCAGGCCGCGGGCCUGAGUCCUGGGACAGGACGUGCAAAGCCGGAGAGGCCAAGAGAACAGGUCCUGGGAGAUUCUGGGAGGCGGUUCUGGGAGCCGGCACUUAGGGCCUCAUAAACUCCUGGGCGGGCAGAGGGAGGCAGGAAAGUCUGUUCCCUGGUGUGGGUGUGGGAUGGGGUGACCCAGUCUGGGCCCCUGGUGCCCCUUAUCCCCAGUAGGCCUCCUGCCUUUCCUUGGGUGUCUUGUGGCAGAUGGAAGCCUGGACUUGUCCUUGUCACCCCUUGGGCUCUUUCCUGAGGAGUGGCAGGCACCUGGUCCUGGGUCUCCUGCUUCUCUCCCCUCUGCUGUGAGGCCACUGGGCCCCUGGUCUACCUGUUCCUCGGGGGUUUAGGUGUUCUUCUUCCAGGCCUGACCCCUGUCCAGCCCGGGGUGCGGGCUCCCUCGUGCUUCCCUGGCCCAGCCCCCAGUGGCUGUUAGGUGGUGCCUGCGGGCGAUGGGGUGGCGGUGGCACCCAGUGGGCAAGCGCUCUUGGCCCAGCCAGGGGAGCUGCCUUCUGCAGGAAGGUUCUCAAGAUGACUUAACAGACUUGCCGCGGCCCUUCAGGACAGCAGACGGGCGGAAGAGCUGGGUCCGGGCCUCGAGCGUCGAGGCCAGGGAGGAUGCCAAGGCUGCCCUGCCCGGGGAAUUCCGCUGGGCCAUGAAAUUCAACCUGUGCCGGCACGGGCUGGAGGGCCACGAUGUCCUGCCAGGAGCGGACGGCUAAAGGACAGUGAGGUGGCAUCACGCAGCGCUGGCCUGGAGUUCUGCAGAGCUGGGCUCCAGUCCCAAUGGCCCGUGAGUGGCCUCCAGCAAGUACGGAACCUCUCUGAGUGUCACCGAGGCCCACAGUGCUUCCCGCAGGGGCUCGAGGGGGACCCGAAGCUGUGCAGGAGCCCCAGGCGCACGUCUGGCAGUCGGGGGGCACCUGUGGGCACGAGCAUCAUUGUGGGACCUCCCCCGACACAGACCAACAUCCCAGUGAGGCUCCCCCCAAACUGAGUUAGAGCCUUUGGAAAGGACUGAGGUCUUCGCAGCAUCCUUCGUCUUUCCUGAGGGACGUUGGACGUCGUAAUUCAAGUGUGCCUCGAUGUCUUCGGUGAAGCAGGACAUUCCCUGACACGGGGCAGACGUUUCUCGCUCAGGCCUCCGUGGCACACGACGCGUCCGGCGGCCGAGGCCCUGAUCCCUCCCUGCAGGGUGCUUUCCACUAGGGCACUGCUGGCCUUUGGUUUCGUUUCUUGGCGGCGGAGUCCUGGGCUCAGGGCCUCGACCCCCCCAGGCCCGCCCACAGCGGCCCGGCCUCGGGGGCCUGCGGAGCGACCGCUCCCUGGGGACAGCCGUCCUGGGUGAGCCGGUGCGGAAACCCCACGCGGGCCGGGCCGCCGAGCGCCACCGCAGAUCCUUCGGGCACAGGUGGGCACGCCACCGUCGAGGCUGCGCGGGGCCCCUUCUCACAGCCCGGACACCAGACUCGACCAGGUUUGGAAAAAGUCUAGUUUAUUGCACUGUCUCAAAGCACAACUAAAAAUUAAAACCGGAAGGAAAAACCGUACAAAGCACUGAAGCUAAAAGUAGUUUAAAAGUAUCAAACUAGACUUGGGUUUAAUUGCACUAAAGUCCCGUGGGUUUAGGAGGGCUCUGCCGUCCAGGGGCCGCAAGGCACAACGUACAGAGGCGCGGCCGCAGCCGGGCCGGCCUCCGCGCUCGCCAGACUUCUGAAACAAGGGUUCUCUAAGCGUGGAGUGUGAAGCAGGGCCUGGGGUUGCAGCGUCUUGUCCUCCUCUGGGCCUGGAGCACCUCCGUCUCCACGGCUGGCCGGGUCCCGGCAGGGAACACGCCGUAUCGCUCUCCCCCUGCGGCCCGGGGGCUCCUGGACACGUUCGCUUAGUAGAAAACAGGCGUCGAGUCACUGGGCCCUGGACCAAGGACAGGCUAAAAAAAGCAGCGAGGCCGAGUCCCACUUGGGAGCUGCCUCCGGGAGGGGGGGGCGGUGCGCUCAGGCGGGAUGUGGGCCGGGCUGCCGAGCCUUGGGCCCAGAUGCCUGCGGGGACAGUGGGCACCGCAGGCCGACCCCAGGGACCGGCGUCUGGCGUGGCCACAGCGGGCUCGGUUCGAACCUCCUGGGGGCAUCAACCCAAUGCCUGCUAAUGGCACCGGUGGCCGCUCAGGGCCAGCCGGCAGGUGCCACGACUGCCCCGCACGUGGAGGACACGCGGGGGGACGCCCACGCUCCGUGAAGCUGCGGCUGAGGACAGCGCCGGUGCAGGGUAAACCAUGUGAAGGAACGAAGGGCCUUCCACUGGUUUCAUAAAAUACAUUUCUCCUCUAAAUUUA